UCCCUAAACCCCCUUGCUCCGCGAGCGAAGCUGAAGUCGAAAAGACAACUUUACCGGUGUCAACUAUAUUAACCUAGGCUAACAGUGAUGCAUUCAUUCGAUUUAUGCCAUUAUUCUGGUGAGUAUAGUUGUAUUUAGUCUUCUAAGGCAACAAGUCAUGGCAAGAGAAGCUUCAUGUAUCUAACUGUAGACAAGCAGAUGAAAAACACCCAUGACAGCCUACUAUGUGAAACUCAGCCUGGCAGACCGCGAAAAAAAACAUUAAACGGCAUAAGAUUUUACAUGCCACUGUAUCCCGUCUAAAAUCAACAUAAACCAUAGCCGGAUUUCUCAUAAUCGGGAUACGAGUUUAUCCGGGAUAUUGUAAACGGGACGUGAUAUUUAUAUGCCUCAACUCAAAAACACAAUACUUGAGUAUCUUCGAAAAAUAACGGGAUAUUAGUGCGCAUGUAAAUGUUUGGCGAUAAAUGGAACUAUUUCUACCAGAAGAUAUAUGAGACGCAUAUGCAUAACCAUGGUAGUAACUGAAGCUUGGAACACAGCCCUAAAGCCCCACGACCACAUCACUGUUUACGCAAUCCAAAAACAGUUAAUUAUAGAUCGCAAUCUGGGUCAGGUGGGCAUCAUUUGAAAGCUUAUCCUAUUGCCAAAAAUACAUAGGUAAAUUAUUAAAUAAUGUAGGCUUUUCAUAAGGCCCAACGAAGUGUUUAAAUAAGUUUGUCUUUAAGGAUUCGGCAUUCACCAAUGUCACAACAAGCGCAAAGACCUGAUACUGAUCCUGGUUUCCGGUGCAGAAAUGGCUGUUUAUAUACAUCUCAUUACGCCUUAAAAAUGCACAAUUUGGAGUUGCCUUAGUUUGUCUCGUCCCAUUUUUUUCCCCAUCUUGUCACACAUCGGACUUGGAUAAGUGUUGUGCUAUUAAGAGGUUUAGAAGGCUUUUUCAAAGAAUGAGAAUACAUUACCUUAAAUGUAUCUGUAACCAACAGAUGCAUGUCUGUAUUCCCAGUGAUGUGAAAUCCAUAGAUUUCACAUGACCUAAUGAAUCUAUUUAAUAUAAACUGUAACUCGGUAGAAUAUUUGAAAUGGUUGCGUUUUUGUUCAGUAUAUCUCAAAAAUAUAAACGCAACAUGCAAAAAUGUCUUAAGAUUUUUACUGAGUGACAGUUCGUAUAAGGAAGAAAUACUCUGCUUCUUGAUAUGCCACACCUGUCAAGUGGAUGAAUUAUAAAGAAUAAAAAUGUGCGCCAAACUUCCAAAAUCGCCCAGCAGUGGUAACUCAUGUUGGCUAUGGUAUCGAUUUCGCCAGCGGCAUAUCAUGUUUUAUGAAAUAUCACGUUUGAGAGCAGCGAAACUGUCAAGACGUUCUCCCUUUUUCUGUAUAUAUUGAAAGUUAUUUUUUGUCCAGUUUUGUGAAAAGUUUGGACUCAUUACGUGUGAUGCCCAUUGAAUGACAGGUGUCAGUGACUGUGGGAAGUCUGUUUAGGAACGUCAACUUUAAUGGCUUUUUUUAAAGACUGCUUGUUUUAUCAUUUAAAAAAUUGCACCUUCCACUUUCCUCUGUUGGACCUACAGUAACUGUCAACAACCCCUACUGUGGCCCUUUUCCCUAUAGCCCUUCCAAAGUCACUGGGUAGUAAGUAGGGAGUUACCGCUAAUCAGAUAUUUGUUUGUGCUCCUCUAUCAACUUUAAUCUAUAUCUGUUAUGUGAGUUAUUGUUAUGUAUCUCCUACUGUUCCCAACCCUGUUCCUCGAGUACCCCUGGACAAGCACACCUGAUUCAACUUGUCAACUAAUCAUCAAACCCUCAAUAAAUUGAAUGGGGUGUGUUUGUCCGGGGCUACAAUAAAAAUGUGUACUGUUGGGGUACUCGAGGACCAGGUUUGGGAAACACUGGUAGUUUACAUAAACAGUACCGUAGUUCAAAGAGCAGCGCGCACAACUUUUCAUUUAGCCACACCCUUUACACUGAAGGGAGAGGGUGUUAUUGGCUGGCAUCAUAGUUUAAACGGAAAUGAACAGUGGCCAACAACAAUUUCCACGUUAGCGUUUUUACGGUUUUUAUUUAGACCUUUUCUGAACACCAUAGGACUCAAAUUAUGACGUUUAACUGCACAGCAUCGCAUACGUACCCCGGGUAUUGUUUAAUUCGCGUUGGAGACAGGACUUGAUUGACAGAUGGUAUCUAGGUAACCCUAGCUAGCUAGGUGCUAACAAUGGAUAACUGUAUGGUUUUUCACACUCAAAUUGCCUCGAUCUUGGAGGUGCUAGCAAAUGCAGCCGUGGCAGACAUCUGUAAACUCGUAGAAGACGACUAUGCAGUGUUUCGUUUGGAAAUUUCUCAAAGCCAGAAAGAAAACGGGGCAUUGCGAAGGAAACUACAGCUACUCGAACUGAAGGUGGCACGAGAGCGCGUCCUCGUCAGUCGUCCCAGUAGUGUCAAGAUCGUCGACGGAUACAGAAUGUCAAGAGGUGAAGGAAAUCUCACUGGAGGCCACAGGAGCUUUGUGAAGCCAGCGGUACACCAUACAUGGAGAGAUGACCAACCGAUCACUGUUGAUGAGGGUAGUGGAACCUCAACCCAGCACGUUAUCGUGAUAGAGUCUGCAGAUGCAGAGGCUACAGGUCCUGGGGUCAAGCUGGAGAAGACUGAAGGAGAGGUGGAAACACGGCAAAGAAGCGACAUCCAGACUGGAGCUCAUCCUGUAGCCACAAAGGACCCCACCAUCGCCCCAGCGCCGCCCAGGACCCGACGCAGCAUCACAGAGGUCAGUGGAAUGCCGAAAGCCACCCUGAAGUCAGAAACAGAAACAGAGUCUUCAACUGUAACACACAGGCUCUUACACCCAGGAUCUGACCCAGAGAGACUGGUGCCACUGAUCUGUCCUCCUGCUCCCGCUCCCAGCUCAGAGUACUUCCCGGUAUUUCAACAGAGCCAGAGGACGGUUCAUUCCCAUGGUGAUGAUGAUGCUUUAGACACUGGGGUUGAUCUGUCUUGUUCUUACGCUACAGAGAUGGACCCUGACAACAUGACCUUGGGUUUAGAGACACAGACUGAUCUGUCUAGAGGGGACUGGAACCAGUACAGUAGUACUGUAUACUCUGAAGGGUGCCUAGAUAAGAAAGAGGAGGUUAUAGUGGUAGAUGAGGUGAAAGUGGAGGGCCACGCUCCUCCCACAUGGAAUGCAGAUAGUCGCCUAGGAGUCGGACACUCACAGGGCAGAGAUUUCUUAGAUUACAGGGGAAGUUCAGAGACAAAUCAACAUUUUGUCACCCACUCACCUUUACACACGCUCAGGGAUCGCGACCCAGUAUCUACAUCGAUGGGGCCUCCUGAUUCACAUGGCCACGUCCUUUUCGAUCAGGUUUUGAACUCAAUCGACAGGGUUAGAGCCCAGGCUCAGGGAGGGGGAGCAACAUCAGGCAAUAGUAAAGAGAAACGGUUCCUCUGCAUGUUCUGUAACAAAGGCUUCAGCUGCCCCCAGAAGGUGGAGAUCCACCAGAGGGUCCACACAGGGGAGAAACCCUUCAGCUGUACCCAGUGUUAUAUGUGCUUCGCCCAGGCUGGUGAUCUGAAGAGGCACCAGAUGGUCCACACAGGGGAGAAACCAUACAGCUGCCCCCAGUGUGAGAAGAGGUUCUCCCGCCAGCACCAGCUGAAGAGGCACCUGAAGGUCCACACGGGAGAAAGGCCGUUCGCUUGUGCACACUGCAGGAAGAGGUUCUCAGAGAGAAGCUACCUCCGGAUACACCAGGAGAAAAACCAUUCUACUCUAUAACAUAGAAAGUCACCAUUCCACUCGAUACCAUCUGACUUUAGAUCAAACCCUGCAUUAAAUACAAAUGAAUUGUAAUUGUUGUCAACAGAAAAGACCCACAGAUGCAUUUGGAAUAACGAGAGUAACCGAUUUCAGUGUUUAAUAUUCCUGGGUAGAAUAUUGCAUUCAGUGUGAUAAACACUGAGUAUACUAAACAUUAAGAACCUCUGCUUUUUCCGUGACAUAGACUGACUAGCUGAAGACUUUGAUCACUUAUUGAUGUCACUUAUUAAAUCCACUUCAAUCAGUGUAGAUGAAGGGGAGGAGACGGGUUAAACAAGGAUUUUUAAACCUUGGGACAAUUGAGAAAUUGAUUGUGUAUGUGGGCCAUUCAGAGGGUGAAUGGGCAACAUUUAAGAGCCUUUGAACGGGGUAUGGUAGUCGGUGACAGGCGCACCGGUUUAUGUUGAGAAUUGCACCACUGUUGGGUUUUUCACGAUCAACAAUUUCCAGUGCGUAUCAAUAAUGGUCAGACACCAAAAGGACACCCAACCAACUUGACACAACUGUGGGAAGCAUUGUAGUCAACAUGGGCCAGCAUCCCUUUUAAAUACUAUUGAUGCCCUGAUUAAUUGAGGCUGUUCUGAAGGCAAAGGGGGGGUUGCAACUAGAGGUCGACCGAUUAGGAUUUUUCAACACCGAUACCGAUUAUUGGAGGACCAGAAAAAGCCAAUACCAAUUAAUCAGACAAUUUAAAAUGAAAAAAAUGUAUUUGUAAUAAUGAAUUACAACAAUACUGAAUGAACACUUAUUUUAACUUAAUACAUCAAUAGAAUCUAUUUAACCUCAACGAAAUAAUGAAACAUGUUCAAUUUGGUUUAAAUAAUGCAAAAACAAAGUGUUGGAGAAGAAAGUAAAAGUGCAAUAUGUGCCAUGUAAGAAAGCUAACGUUUAAGUUCCUUGUGCAGAACAUGAGAACAAAUGAAAGCUGGUGGUUCCUUUUAACAUGAGUCUUCAAUAUUCCCAGGUAAGAAGUUUUAGGUUGUAGUUAUUAUAGGAAUUAUAGGACUAUUUCUCUCUAUACCAUUUGUAUUUCAUUAACCUUUGACUAUUGGAUGUUCUUAUAGGCACUUUAGUAUUGCCAGUGUAACAGUAUAGCUUCCAUCCCUCUCCUCGCUCGAACCAGGAACACAAUGACAACAGCCACCCCCGAAGCAGCGUUACCCAUCGCUCCACAAAAGCCGCGGCCCAUGCAGAGCAAGGGGAACAACCACUCCAAGUCUCAGAGCGAGUGACGUUUGAAACGCUAUUAGCGUGCAUCCCGCUAACUAGCUAGCCAUUUCACAUCGGUUACACCAGCCUAAUCUCGGGAGUUGAUAGGCUUGAAGUCAUAAACAGCUGCUGGCAAAUGCACUAAAGUGCUGUUUGAAUGAAUGCUUACGAGCCUGCUGGUGCCUACCAUCGCUCAGACUGCUCUAUCAAAUCAUAGACUUAGUUAUAACAUGAUAACACACAGACAUACGAGCCAUAGGUCAUUAAUAUGGUCGAAUCCGGAAACUGUCAUCUCGAAAACAAGACGUUUAUUCUUUUAGUGAAAUGCGGAACCGUUCUGUAUUUUAUCUAACGGGUGGCAUCCAUAAAUCUAAAUAUUCCUGUUACAUUGCACAACCUUCAAUGUUAUGUCAUAAUUUCGCAAAAUUCUGGCAAAUUAGGCGGCCCAAACUGUUGCAUAUACACUGACUCUGAGUGCAAUGAUUGCAAGAGAAGUGACACAAUUUCACCUGGUUUAUAUUGCCUGCUAACCUGGUGUUCUUUUAGCUAAAUAUGCAGGUUUAAAAAUAUAUACUUCUGUGUAUUGAUUUUAAGAAAGGUAUUGAUGUUUAUGGUUAGGUACACAUUGAAGCAACGAUACACACUGCAUCGAUUAUAUGCAACGCAGGACACGCUAGAUAAACUAGUAAUAUCAUCAACCAUGUGUAGUUAACUAGUGAUUAUGAUUGAUUGUUUUUUAUAAGAUAAGUUUAAUGCUAGCUAGCAACUUACCUUGGCUUACUGCAUUCACGUAAUAGGCAGUCUCCUCGUGGAGUGCAGUGAGAGGCAGGUGGUUUGAGCGUUGGACUAGUUAACUGUAAGGUUGCAAGAUUGAAUCCCCCGAGCUGCCAAGGUAAAAAUCUGUCAUUCUGCCUCUGAACGAGGCAGUUAACACACCGAAUUCCGAUUGUUAUGAAAACUUGAAAUCGGCCCUAAUUAAUCGGCCAUUCCGAUUAAUCGGUCGACCUCUAGUUGCAACUCAAUAUUCGGAGGGUGUUCCUAAUGUUUGGAAUAGUCCGUGUAUAAGGCAUAUUUAAGCCUAAAAAGUAUGUUACAUAUUAUGCUUAACUGUGUAGGUUAUAUAAUGUUCACAAAUUCCUAUUUCAUUACUUCUGAUUAACUAUAAAAUAUUUUUCAGUUUAUCAAAUUCAUCCAGAUGUUUAGUUGAGACAGUACAUUUGACAUUUUAGUAAUUUAGUAGACACUCAUUGUAAUGGGUACAUUUUCCCUCAAUAAAGUAGGUAUCCGCAAAGUCAGUGCUAGUAGGAAAAGAGAAAAGACGUGGGAUACAUUUAAGUCCUCGGUCCUGGGUUGCCAGGACUGAGAAGAGCUUUCACUGGGCUGAGCUUGAGUUGACCGACCUGUUGGCGUGGGACUGCCAAGAGGCCAAAGGUGGCAGUACUCUGGUUGGGGUGUAGGGUUUGAGCAUAGCCUGAAGGUAGGGAGGGGAAAAUCCCCGUGCUGCUCCGUAGGCAAGCACCUUGAUCUUAUAGUGGAUGUGAGCUUUGAUUUGAAGCCAGUGGAGUGUGUGGAGGAGCGGGGUGAAAUGGGAGAACUUAGGAAGGUUGAACACCAAACGGGCUGCAGCGUUCUAGAUAAGUUGCAUGGCUUUUUUAAUAUUUUUUUAUUUUACAUUUAUUUAACUUGGCAAGUUAAUUAAGAACCAAUUCUUAUUUUCAAUGACGGCCUAGGAACAGCCGUCAGCUUUGAUUAGUACUUUGUCAGCUCGGGGAUUUGAAAUUGCAACCUUCCGGUUACUAGUCCAACGCUCUAACCACUAGGCUACCCUGCCGCCCCAACAGAGAGUUGCAGUAGUCUAGAUGGGAGAUGAAAAGAGCCUGGAUUAGGAACUGCGACACUACCUGUGUGAGGUAGGGUUGUACUCUACGGAUGUUGUAGAGCAUGAACCUGCAGGAGCGAGUCACUGCUUUGAUGUUUGCAGAGAAUGACAGGGUGUUGUCCAGGGUCACGCCAAGGUUCUUUGCAAUCUGGGAGGGGGACACCGUGGAGUUAUCAUCCAUGAUGGAGAGAUGUCUUGGAGCAGGCAGGCUUUCCCAGAGAGGAAGAGCAGCUCCGUCUUGUCGAGGUUGUGGGCCAACAUACAAGCAGAGAUGUUUGCCAGGAGGAGGAGGGUCCAGAGGUGCUGCUGGUGAAGGAGGGUCCAGAGCAGAUGUGGAUGUGAGGAGGGUCUUGGGGAACAUGGUCAUGGAGGUCAACAAGACUUCAAUCAAGUACAGGCUGAAUGAGCAACAGCGACAGAAUGCAAUAUGACAUUUCAUUAAAUUGUUUGGGGAAUGGUCUCGUCGCCAAGGGAAGAUCCUCUGAGCCAGAUGAUGUUAUGGCUGGUAGCCCUAUGCAGAGCUGCUGGCAAUUUCCUACUUUGAGACUCUUUGUGGAUACGGCGCCUGGUCUUUAUUCAUUUUGUCUUAAGUGUGGGACCAUGCCUUUUGAAUUUUCAAACCAUUAAAAAGUGUCGGGUAAUCAAAUCAACUAACAAGUUUGCAUAGUACUCAUAGUAGUCCCUCAAUUUAUAAUGUAUGAACUUGACCAGGUAAUUGACUCACAAGUUCCAUAUGUAGAGUUUUCUCUGCCAUGUUUGUAAAGUCUAUUUUGUAACCUCCUCCUACAGGUGGUUGGCUGGAGGCUAACAGAGGAGACUGGGCGGCCAUCUUGGAUUCCCAGACCCAAACCAGUGGAGCCAAGGUCCCACUGGACAUCAUCACUGAGCAGGCCAGGACCAGAGGCGACAUAGUGGAGGUCAGUCGAUGGGACA